ACUAUCAACAGUGUGUGUUUGUGCUGCUCACUCUUUUCCUCUAAACGCUUUGACUUCAUCUGUCUCCCCCUUCUCCUUGGAGCCCACAGACCUCCAAGGACCUGUUGUCAGAUCAUGUUUCCACGCGCGCUGCCGUUGCUUCUGCUAUGUAUCUCCACAGGCUUGGCUGCCACACUUAUCCAGGCCUCUGUUGCAGAGGAUUCGCCGGCUGAUGGGUCAGUUUUACCUGAAGCUCAAGCUGGUGAUACCCCAAAUGUAGAUGCAGAACACAUCUUGAUGGCAGAUGCCCCUGUUGAGGGAAAACCUUCAGAGACCCAGAGUACCACACAAGAAUCUGAGGAUGAUUCAGACUGGGGCUUCGGUUCUAUCAGAGGGAGUUUCCAGGCGGUGAAUGGCUAUUUUGACUCUAUACUGGAGCUGAUGGGAGGCCGGGAUGGUGUGUGUCAGUACCGCUGUAGACAUGGUAAAGCUCCUCAGCCUCGUGUUGGCUAUCAGAUGCCAGAGCCUGAUGGUUGUAGCACCAGUCUUCUUGGUUUCCAGGUACCGAACAGUUUUGAUAUGGGUGUUCCAGCCAUGACCAAAUGUUGUAACCAGCUGGACAUUUGCUAUGAAACCUGUGGCUCUAACAAGUACCGCUGUGACACCAAAUUCCGCUGGUGCCUCCAUAGCAUCUGUGCUGACCUGAAGAAGAGCCUGGGCCUCAUGUCAAAGGUUGAAGCAUGCGAGACCUUUGCGGAUACCAUGUAUAACACUGUGUGGACUUUGGGCUGCAGGCCCUUCAUGAACGGCCAGAGGUCAUCCUGCUACUGUGAAGGAGAAGAGAAGGAUGAGCUGUGAAGACCUAACCACAGAAACACCACAUUCAACACAUAUAAAAACUUUACAGGUUUAAACUACUCCACAUAAUGGGUCAGCAUAACCAUGAAUCUCAUUAAAACACACCCAGGUCACAUUUCACCACAAAAAUUUAACAGUUUUAUUCUAGAUUCUAAUUAUUAUAAUAUUUAUCAUACUAUUGUGUCAUAUAAAUACUACUACUACUACUAAUAUAUAUAUAUAUAUAUAUAUAUAUAUAUAUAUAUAUAUAUAUAUAAAUAAUUUAAUUUAUGUAUCUUUAGUUUAUUUGCAUUGCAGCAAGAGAAUUUUUAACUUUUUAAAAGUUACUUAACUAAAUAUAAGUAACUUUUAACUUAUAUUUUUGGGGUCAAAUAUGACCAUUACAUGUUCUUAACAUGCUCAUGAGAUUCACCCAGUAACCCUGGUGCUUAAUGGAUCCAAUUUAGUAAAAUAAACACAAAAGAUUUUAUAUUGUGUGUAAAAGGUUCUCAUAAAUGUGUAGCGUGUGUGCUUGUGUAUGGGUUUGUUAUAUAGGAAGAGAAUAUCCAUAGUCUCAAUUUCAUAUGUACAAAAACAUAUGUAUUCAUUAAAGUUAAUGCUAAAGAUUUAAAUAAAGAGCUCAUUAGAAUGUAGAGAACAGGAAAAUUGCCAAACAAACUUCCCAAAAUACCUUUUUAACAUUAAUUGUACUAUUAAGAAACAAUGUUCCAAACUAAUUCUCCAACUUAAGUUGUUGUUUUAUUGUGGCCUAAUCAAAAGGGGGGUGGGGGGUUGGGGGUUAGCCUCAGUAGGGUAGUGAUAUUUAUUUAAACAACAUUGUUUAAUUGUCUGAAUGUCAUAUGCUGAAAACUGAAAUGUUAACCUAAACCAAAUAGUUAAAUUUUUUUUUGUUUGUUUUAAAUGUAAUUACAUGUAGAAUAAGUGUUGAACAGUGUUACACAGGAAUGUUUAUUACCCUGUGAGAGACUAUGUGACUACAGACUGUUAAAAUGACCUUUAUUUGCUGUUAAAUCGUUUUAUUUUCCCCAUUAGUAAAACAGAAUUGAACAUA